AUGGAUUCUUCUCUUCCUCUUCGAUCAUCAUCAUCAUCAUCAUCCUUUACUUCCAUUUCUUCUUCUUCUUCUCAACCAAACCAUACUUUGGCUUCUUUCCCUUCCGCGCUAACCAUCAAAAACAUGCUAGCUUCAGAGAUGGUUUCCAAUGAAAACAGGCAAGAGGAGUUCUGUUACUUGCAAAACGGAGGAGGCUUAGAUGUGGCGGCUCUAAUGGAGAAUGCUGGUGCUAUUUUGGUUUCCAACCCAACCUUUCUUUCUGCUAUCUUUGCCUUGGUUCUCACGCAAUCCACCAAACUUUUCUUGAAUUUCUUUGACAAGAAGCAAUGGAAUUUCAGACUCAUGUUUGCUUCUCAAGGAAUGCCUUCUACUCGCUCCGCACUGUGUUCUGCGCUCACGACUUCUGUUGUUAUCUCUCAUGGUGUUGCUCACUCACUCUUUCCCGUUUCUUUGGGAUUCAGUCUCAUUGUCAUGUGUGAUGCCGUUGCUGUUGCAAGGCACGUCGGCUACCAAGCCCAGGUGCUUAAUGCGCUUCUUGAUGAAUUGUCUGGAGGAAAGACUCCAGUUCUUGAAGAGAGGCUAAAAGAAGAUCUUGGCGACACCCUACCUCAAGUCUGUACUGGUGCACUGCUUGGUUCUACAGUUGCUGUUUUAUGCUGUCUUGGUUUCAUGAUGCUGCGGCGUUAG